AGGACGUGAAAAUCUGAGAAAUGAACAAAUUACGGCAGAGCUUUAGGAGAAAGAAAGAUGUCUAUGUCCCAGAGGCCAGUAGGCCUCAUCAGUGGCAGACUGAUGAAGAAGGCGUUCGUACUGGCAAGUGUAGCUUUCCUGUUAAGUACUUGGGACACGUUGAAGUGGAUGAAUCCAGAGGAAUGCACGUCUGUGAAGAUGCUGUGAAGAGACUGAAAUCUGAAAGGAAGUUCUUCAAAGGCUUCUUUGGAAAAUCUGGGAAGAAAGCCGUUAAAGCAGUCCUGUGGGUUUCAGCGGAUGGACUCAGAGUUGUAGAUGAGAAAACAAAGGAUCUUAUAGUUGAUCAGACAAUAGAGAAGGUUUCUUUCUGCGCACCAGACAGGAACUUUGACCGGGCAUUCUCAUACAUCUGUCGAGAUGGCACAACAAGACGCUGGAUAUGCCACUGCUUUAUGGCUGUAAAGGACACGGGGGAAAGGUUGAGUCAUGCCGUGGGCUGCGCAUUUGCAGCAUGCCUGGAGCGAAAACAGAAGCGAGAGAAGGAGUGUGGAGUGACUGCCACCUUUGAUGCCAGCAGAACCACAUUCACUAGAGAGGGGUCAUUCAGGGUCACUACAGCUACUGAACAAGCAGAGAGAGAGGAAAUUAUGAGACAGAUGCCGGAUGCUAAAGCAGUUGAAACAGAAGUGAAAACCGUAGCACCAGGUGCUGCACCAAACAAUACUGCCCCCUCUUCUGGCUCACCAACCUCUCCUACUGCUGAAGUCGCUGCCUCUCUGGAUAAAGAAAUGAGCAAUCCCCAUGCUAUUCCACGGAGGCACGCCCCUAUAGAACAGCUUGCCAGGCAAGGGUCUUUCAGGGGCUUCCCUGCCCUUAGCCAAAAGAUGUCUCCUUUUAAACGACAGUUGUCUUUGCGAAUAAAUGAGCUGCCUUCAACAGUGCAAAGGAAGACCGAUUUCCCCAUGAAAAACUCAGUCCCUGAGGUAGAAGGGGAAACGGACAGCAUUAGUGCCCUGUGCUCUCAGAUCACCAGUGCUUUCAGCACACCAUCAGAAGAUCCUUUCUCUUCAGCUCCCAUGACAAAACCAGUGACAGUAGUCGCACCACAGUCUCCUGCCUUUCAAGUUAAUGGCACUGCCUCUGCCUUCUGUGUGCUUGCUGCUAAACCAUCCCAGGCUGCUGUAGUGUCCACAGCUAUGCCCGUUCGUGAAACCAAUCCUUGGGCUCAUGCUCCUGCUGCUAAUACUGGAGCUGCAGCCAUGGUCGCUGGCACUGAAUGGAGCAGCACCUCCUCAGGUGCGGCCUCACCAAGCCUCUUCCAAGGAAAUCACAGACGUACUCCCUCGGAGGCAGACCGCUGGUUGGAAGAGGUCUCAAAGACUGUCAGAGCCCAACAGCAACCGGCCCCGGCCCCAGCCCCACAGCCACUGCUACAGCCUCCUCCGCCUCCUCCGGCAGCUUCCCAGCCAGCGCCAGCCUACCCCGUCGGCACCUUCAUCGCACCUCAGCCUGUGCCCGUGGGUGUAGCACCGCCCAUGCAGCCGGCGUUUAUGCCGGCUCAGCCCUAUGCUGUAGCGAAUGGGAUGACCUACGCAGCCCCAAGCGUACCUGUGGUUGGAAUCACACCUUCCCAGAUGGUAGCCAACGUCUUUGGUACUGCAAGCCACGCUCCAGCAGCCCAUCCUCAUCAGUCACCCAGUCUUGUCAAACAGCAGACGUUCCCUCAGUAUGAAAGCAACAGUGCUACAACCAGCCCCUUCUUCAGUCCACCUGCGCAGCACAACGGCUCCGCAGCUUUCAACGGAGUUGAGGGUGGCAAAUGGGCUGCAGAGGACAAGCAUUCGCAGCCUCCCACAGCUGCUCCACAGGUAGAUCCGUUCGAAGCACAGUGGGCAGCGCUGGAGAGCAAGGCAAAGCAGCGCACUAAUCCCUCUCCAACUAACCCCUUCUCAAGUGAUUUACAGAAGACAUUUGAGAUUGAACUUUAAGCAGUCCUAUGAGGGGUGGAUAAAUUGUACAUUAGGAUAGAGGGAUAAAGGGAGCAGAGGGGACUGUUUCUGAUCAGUUUGCUUUGAUAAUCCCAAAGGUCCCUUCAAACAAAAAUGGGUUAGAGGGAGCAAUUAUGGGGAGGAUAUAAACAUACAGAGAUUUUAAUCUGAAGUUCUUAAAAGGAAUCCUGGAGCCACCCCAGUCUGCAUUCCUUCCUCACUUGGAAAGCUGGAAGUCAAACAGAGCAAAGGUAGGCACCCAGCCCCAAAGCCUGUUCUGCAGAAACAUCCAUUAUCUCACCGAAAGGAAGGCAGAUUUUGUACUUGUGUCCU